GGCAAUAUAUUACUGCCUCCAGCAGGCUUGACGUUCUUUUCAAUGUCUGCAAACGAAACAGAAUUGAUCUCGACUGGCGAAGCAGCGAAAAGCAUCCUUGAUGACCUCACAGAUGUCGAUGGUCGCUCUUGUCAGCUUCUGGGCCCGACCGCGCUUAUUGUCCAAGGCUUGAUGGGGGUUCUGGUGAUUCUGUCGCUGGUAUACAAACGUCAUAGAGAGAAACCGAAGCGUCCUUGGCGAAUUUGGUUAUUCGAUGUUUCCAAGCAGGUUGUGGGCCAAAUGUUCGUCCAUGGAGUAAAUGUCCUUGUGUCAGAUAUCGUUUCUCACAAUUCGGAUGGGAACGCUUGUGUCUUCUAUUUCUUCAACAUCUUAGUCGACACGACUCUUGGUGUCGGUCUACUCUACAUCAUUCUUCGCGUUCUGACCCACAUAUUCGUCGAGAAUCUUCAUUUGAAAGGCUUCGAAUCUGGUGUAUAUGGCAGUCCACCCUCUAUAAAAUUCUGGGGGAAGCAGGCCGCAUUAUAUGUCGUAGCUCUUACAACCAUGAAGCUUUUGGUUAUCGCACUUUUGGCCUUCUUCCCUAGCCUGUUCGUGAUUGGUGCAUGGUUACUCAGUUGGACUUGGACAGGAGAUGGCGACGCCUUGCAAGUCAUCUUCACAAUGGGUUUCUUCCCAAUUAUCAUGAACAUCCUUCAGUUUUGGCUCAUCGACUCCAUCGUCAAAGCCUCAAACGAACAAUUCGUAUCCCUAGACACAGAUGUCCACGAUGUGCUUGACCAUGCAGAUCGCGAACCUUUAUUUGGAGUUGCAUCUGACGACGAGGACGAUGAUGGCAUGAGUGCUCAGCACCAUGAUAUCGAAAACCCGCGAUCCCGGUCCCCAACCCUUCAACAUGAACGGUCCCAUUCCAAUGAUAAAUCAUCAGGCGGCAGCACGACUCCACUAGCCUCAGAGCCCAAGCUAUCCGGCUCGAGCACACCCCAAACUAUCCCUGGCGAGACAUAUAAUGUGCAUGCGUACCCUCCAAGCUUGUCGAGUAGCGUAGCGUCGGCUUCCACGAUGGCAUCAAUACCUGCAUCAAGCCUCCGGGAGGCAACAAAGCUCAACAAGAAGCGUCGGUCGCCACCUACACCUCUCCAUAUCCGCCCAACAAGGCAGCGCGCUGUAAACACUUCCUCUCCUAGACCGAAAAGCCCUUCACAGGAGAGGGAACCAUCUAGACCUGUGGUUGUUGUGGAACCAGCGGGACAGGAGUGGGCCGAUUCAUGGGGAGAUGAGGAUGACUGGGCAGAUAGAGUGGGCGAGGAGGACUGGACCGGACGACGGAUAGAAGAGAAGAAGGAUAGUAUCAAUGGGGUCUGGGAUCAUACUCCGAUAGGUGUUCAUGCAGAUUCAUAAGACUUUUUGCGCCCUGUCCAGCAUUUAUGCAUAUGUCCGUGCACUAAGUUGCAUAUUAUUACAAUGUACAUAAUGAACUUUAGUAUCAGUACUAUUAGUUACAUGUUAUACCCCAAAACCAUUGCACCAUUCAUCG